CAAUGGAAUUGUUUGAAGAGGAAUUGACCUGUCCCAUCUGUUGUUGUUUAUUUGAAGAUCCACGGGUUCUCCCUUGUUCACACAAUUUCUGCAAGCGAUGUUUAGAAGGCAUCUUGGAAGGAAAUGGGAGAGGUAUUCAAUGCAAAGUCCCUUUCAAAUGUCCAACCUGUCGCAAAGAAACCCCUGCCGUGGGAAUUAGCAAUUUGCAAGUGAAUUAUUCGCUAAGGGGAAUAAUAGAGAAGUACAACAGGAUUCGGAUCAUACCUAAAGUUCCAAUCUGCAAGAAGCAUAGUGGACAACCACUGAAUAUCUUUUGCUCAACAGACCUUCAAUUAAUCUGUGGAUUUUGUGCUACCAUGGGAGAUCAUGAAGGACAUUCCUUCUGUGCUAUCAAGGAUGCCUACAAAGAGGAGAGAGAAGCUUUUGAUGGACUUUUCCAAGGCUUAGAAACCUGGUGUUCUGCUGAUGUUCAGUCAUGUCUUGAGAAAUUAGAAAGUGACAAGAAAAAGUCCCUGCAGUUAAUAAGCAAGGAUGCAAAAAAGGUGAUAGAAUAUUUUACUAAGUUGCAGCACACACUAGAACAGAAAAAGAAUGAGAUUCUUUCAGAUUUUGAAACCAUGAAGCUGGUGGUAAUGCAGGCCUAUGAUCCAGAAAUAAAUAAAUUGAAGAUGAUUCUGGAAGAACAGAAAAGGGCUUUUGCUUUGGCAGAGACAUUUAAGGAUGAGUCUGAUCCAGUCUUAUUUCUACAACAGAUGCAAGAGUUUCGCAAUAAAAUGAAAAUUGUAAGGGAAACCCCAUAUUCCUGCUCUGAUGUAGAGGUGCAUCCUGUAAUGAAAAAUUUCAAUACCAGCCAUUGGGAUAGGGUGAGGCUGAAAGAUGUUGAUAAAGUUACUUUACCUACAGAAACUUACACUUUCAGAUUUAAAACUCCCACCAAAAAGUCAGGUAGACUCCUUGCAGUUUCUAUUGUCUUCCUCCUACUUUUUGUCAUGGCAUUCUGUCAUUGUGAGGUAAUACAGAGCUUGGAGACUUUGAAAAGUCAGAUGACCACACUCACUGACUUGUAUUAUAGUGAGAUUAUAGAUAUAUUUUCAUUUGGGCGUAAAAGUACUAUCGCAGAGCUGUGGCAGUAUGUAGCAGAAUUUCUGCAAAUAUAAGAUACUGUAACUAGAGUGAGAUAUCAAUGCUGAAUCUGCAAGUGCAACAUCAAUCAUCUUGGAGUUGCAUCUGAGACCUCUAGGACCAGAUAUCGGGGACCAAUAUCUUUCACUAACAAGGUACAAUAAAUCACAAUGUAAUCAAUAUCAUUUUGAACAUUUAGUAUUUUCAUGAAUACAAGAUUAUCAGUUUUAGAUUCAUUUUCAAAGUUACAACAAUUGUGAUUCUAAUUGUCCUCAGAUGGACAUGUUUUAGCUGUUUAUACUGUGCCUACAUGACUGGAGACUGUUGUAACUGAAUAGUAGUCUGUCCUUUCAGAUUUAUUUUAUUUUUGUAGUGAUGAUCAACAUCAGAUCCAAUGGAAUUAAAUGUCUUCUAUAAAUAAUAA